UCGCGCGACCGCGUUCGGGUAUCUGCUUGCCAUGCACAGCAACGCAAGGAUCAUAGGGAAUGGAGAGCAAACUGUGGUGCUCUCACAUGGCUAUGGGGGGAGCCAAUCGAUUUGGGACAACGUGGUCCCUCACUUGUCCCAAAGCUAUCAACUCCUGCUCUUCGACUGGAACUUUUCCGGUACCGCCGACGACUCCGGCAAGGCCUUGGAGCUGUCCGAGUACACCUCCUUCACUGCCUUCGCCGAUGACCUCAUCUCUCUCAUCGACGAGAUGAACCGCAACGGCGUGAUCUUUAUUGGUCACUCCAUGUCCGGCAUGAUCGGUUGCAUCGCCUCCGUUAAAAGGCCCGAUCUCUUCAGCCACCUCGUGCUCAUUGGAGCGUCUCCCAGUGCAGAGAUGGACAUAAGAUACAAAGGCUAUCUUGAUGAGUGGGAAAGUAAUCCAAGUGUCAAAUGCAUCCUCGUGGAGAGCAGCUCAUCUCGUGCCUUUUCAGCAGGAAUGGAUAUUAAGGGUGUUGUGGCUGAAAUUCAAAAGGACAAAACUACACCACUCGUGAAAAAGGUUUUUGCUGCGGAGUAUUCUCUAAUAUGUAAAAUUUUUGGAUAUCAAAAGCCUUACAUUUGUUUCAUGGAUGGUGUCACAAUGGGGUUUGGGAUUGGGCUGUCUGGACAUGGCCGCUACCGAAUUGUUACUGAGAAAACACUACUUGCUAUGCCGGAAAAUGGAAUUGGCUUGUUCCCAGAUGUUGGCUUUGCUUAUAUAGCUGCAGAGUCUCCAGGAGAAGGGGCAGUAGGGGCUUACCUUGGAAUGACUGGGAAAAGGAUUUCAUCUCCUGCUGAUGCAUUAUAUGUGGGCUUGGGAACUCAUUAUGUGCCUUCUGGAAACUUAGAACCCCUUAAAGGGGCACUUCUAUCAAUCAACUUCUCUGAUGACCCUCACAAAGAUGUUGAGUCAUUACUAGCAGAAUAUAAGAAGGAACCCGAAUCAGAGUCUCAACUGAAGUUGCUUUUACCUCACAUAGUAUCAUCUUUUGGUGUCCAUAAUUCAGUCUCCAAAAUCAUAGAAGAAUUGAAGAUGUAUCAGUCAAGUACUGAUGCUGCAGUAGCACAAUGGGCAAAUGAUGCUCUUCUAGGACUUCGGAAAGGUGCACCAUUUUCUCUCUGCUUAACGCAAAAGCAUUUCUCAGAAGUUUCAUAUGCACAGGGAAAUGAUGAACAUCAUUUAUCAGAACUCGGUGGUGUAAUGAAGGCUGAAUACCGCAUUGCCUUGAGAUCCUCACUUCGAAAUGAUUUUGCUGAAGGUGUACGGGCAGUUUUGGUGGACAAGGACCAG